AUGGAGGAGGGUGGGGCGGUGGCGGGGAGUGGGGAGGGGGCGUUUUUGGGCGACGAGGAGAAGAUUAGAGCGUUCGAGGAGAGGUUGGAGGAGGGUCGGCAGGAGAAGUUGGGUUUGGGGGUUCACAGGCACCGGGUGGCGCCGGGGACGGAGGCGAAGAUGAAGGACAGGAACAGGUGGGAGGAGGAUCGUUUAUUGGCGUCUGGGAUCAUGCAGAGGGUGAACGUGGAGUUGCCGACGGAGUUGGAGUCGGAGACGGACGUGAGGGUGCAUUUGGUGGUGCAGAACACGAAGCCGCCGUUUUUGGACGGGAGGGUUAGUUUUACGAAGGUGACGGAGCCGGUGGUGCCGGUGAAGGACCCGACGUCGGACAUCGCGGUGCUGAGUCGGAAGGGGAGCAAGUUGUUGAGGGAGACGCGGGAGAAGAAGGAGAGGUUGGAGAGUUUGAAGAAUUUUUGGGAGUUGGCGGGGAGCAAGAUGGGCGCGCUGAUAGGCCACCAGGGGAGGGCGGCGAAGGGGGAGGGGGAGGAGGAGGGGCAGGCGAACGUGUAUGCGGUGGCGAGCGCGAAGUCGGUGAUGACGGAGGAGAAGAGGGAGAGGAUUCGGAGACAGAAGGAGUCGUUGCCGAUAUACGCGUGCAGGAAGGAGCUGUUGCAGUUGAUUCGCGAGAGCAACAUCGUGAUAGUGAUUGGAGAGACGGGGAGCGGGAAGACGACGCAGAUGACGCAGUACCUGUACGAGAGCGGGUACGCUCGGCACGGGAUGAUUGGGUGCACGCAGCCGCGGCGAGUGGCGGCGGUGUCGGUGGCGCGUCGAGUGAGCGAGGAGAUGGACGUGCAGGUGGGCGGGUUGGUGGGGUACACGAUUCGGUUCGAGGACAUGACGAGCGAGGCGACGCGGAUUCGGUACAUGACGGACGGCGUGUUGGUGCGGGAGUCGCUGCGCGACCCGGACCUGGACCAGUACAAGGUGAUCAUCAUGGACGAGGCGCACGAGCGGGCGCUGAACACGGACGUGCUGUUCGGGAUACUGAAGAAGAUAGCGCAGAGGAGGUGCGACCUGAAGCUGAUCGUGACGUCGGCGACGAUGGACGCGGAGAAGUUUUCCCGUUUUUUCGGGAAUGUCCCGACGUUCCGGAUUCCGGGGCGGACAUUUCCGGUGGAGAUUUUGUACACGAAGACGCCGGUGGAGGACUACGUGGAGGCGGCGGUGGCGCAGUCGCUGCAGAUCCACGUGAGUCGGGGAGCGGGGGACAUACUGGUGUUCAUGACGGGGCAGGAGGACGUGGAGAUGACGUGCAUGUUGAUCCAGGAGGGGUUGUCGAAGUUGGGGAGGGACGUGCGCCCGAUGGUGGUGUUGCCGAUGUACUCGCAGUUGUCGGCGGAGCUGCAGAACCGAGCGUUCCAGGACUUGCCGCCGAACGUGAGGAAGUUGAUUGUGGCGACGAACAUUGCGGAGACGUCGCUGACGGUGGACGGCGUGUUGUACGUGAUUGACUCGGGGUUUAUCAAGUUGAAGAUUUACAGUCCGCGGAUAGGGAUGGACGUGCUGCAGGUGUUCCCGAUAUCGAGGGCGUCGGCGGACCAGAGGGCGGGGAGGGCGGGGAGGACGGGGCCGGGGGUGUGUUACCGGUUGUUCACGGAGAGGAUGUACAGAGACGAGUUGUUGUCGACGACGGUGCCGGAGAUCCAGAGGACGCACUUGGCGAACGUGGUGCUGUUGCUGAAGUCGAUUGGGAUAGAGGACUUGCUGGAGUUCGAGUUCAUGGACCCGCCGCCGCAGGACAACAUCCAGCAGUCGCUGUACCACCUAUGGAUAUUGGGGGCGUUGGACGACAGGGGGGCGUUGUUGCCGCUGGGGCGUCGGAUGUGCGAGUUUCCGCUGGACCCGCCGUUGUCGAAGAUGCUGAUCAUGUCGGAGAGGAUGGGUUGUUCGAGCGAGAUGGUGGUGAUCGUGUCGAUGUUGAGCGUGCCGAGCGUGUUCGUGAGGCCGAAGGAGAGGGCGGAGGAGAGCGACAUGGCGAGGGAGAAGUUCAUGGUGCCGGAGUCGGACCACCUGACAUUGUUGUUCGUGUACCAGCAGUGGAAGUCGAGCGGGUAUUCGGCGAAGUGGUGCGUGGAGAAUUUCGUGCAGUACAAGGCGAUGCGGCGCGUGCAGGAGAUACACGGCCAGAUUUUGGACAUCAUGCAGAGCGGGAAGAUGAGGAUAGUCAGUUGCAAGGGUCGUUGGGACCCGAUUAGAGAGACGAUAUGUUCGGCGUACUUCCAGAACGCGGCGAGGAUGAAGGGGAUUGGGGAGUACAUCAACUUGCGGUCUGGGAUUCCGUGUUACUUGCACCCGACGUCGUCGCUUUACGGACUGGGGUACACGCCGGAGUACAUAGUGUACCACGAGUUGGUGUACACGACGAAGGAGUACAUGCAGUGCGUGACGGCGGUGGACCCGCACUGGCUGGUGAAGUUGGGGCCGAUGUUUUACUCGGUGAAGGAGAGCCAGUUCGCGUCGUCGUUGUCGUCGUCGUCGUCGCCGGCGGAGGAGGGGGGAGGGGGGUGGGCGCUGUACAUGUAA